UGUUCAAAUCAAAAAACACAAUAAUAAUAAUAAUAAUAAUAAUAGUAGUAGUAGUAGAAAUAGUUCCCACCUCACCUGACACAUGAUGGAACCAAAGUGCACCUUAAUAAACUGUCGCCGGCCGGAGUUCGUUCCGACCCCUCUGCCGGAGAGUCCUCGAGUGCCAAUGGAGUUUCUGUCACGCUCAUGGAGUGCCUCUGCCCUUGAGGUCUCCAAAGCUCUUGCACCUCAUCACUCUAAUUCCAACAACAACACUUCUUCCAUUCCAGAAGAAACUUCUGUUUCUGCUCCCAACCACAACAGCAACAACUCUUUUUCUGAGGACUUCUCCACAACCAUUUCUUCUAAGAAUCAGUUCUCUUUUGCUUCCUCUGCCACCUCCCAGCUCGUCCUUGAACGCAUUAUGUCACAGUCCGCAAGAGAGGAAGUGUCUCCAUUAACUUCUGGAAGAUUAUCUCACAGCAGCGAGCCUUUGAAUGGUGGUGGUUCCUUAACCGGAACAGAUAGCCCUCCGAUUUCACCUUCAGAUGAAUUCGACGAUGUUGUUAAGUUUUUUCGGGCAAACAAUUCCAUUCACCCUUUAUUCAAUGGUGGAAGAACCAGUGCAACCAUUGGCAAUGGCACGGCUUGCUCAGGACCUAAAACUGUUGGAAGAUGGUUGAAGGAGCGAAGAGAAAAGAAGAAAGAAGAAAACAGAACCCACAAUGCUCAGCUGCAUGCCACUAUUUCAGUGGCAGCAGUGGCUGCUGCUGUAGCAGCCAUUGCGGCCGCAACAGCAGCUGGCUCAUCUGCACCAAGCAAGGAUGAGAAGAUGGCAAAGACUGACAUGGCUGUUGCUUCUGCAGCAACAUUGGUUGCUGCACAGUGUGUAGAGGCUGCUGAAGCAAUGGGGGCUGAGCGUGACCACCUUGCUUCAGUGGUUAGCUCUGCUGUGAAUGUUCGUUCUCCUGAUGAUAUCACUACUCUUACUGCUGCAGCUGCCACAGCUCUAAGAGGGGCAGCAACCUUGAAAGCAAGAGCUUUGAAGGAGGUAUGGAAUAUUGCUACAGUGACACCACUAGAGAGAGGCAUAGGGGGGAUUGGACUAUGUGGUAAAAGUAUUAACAGCAAUACCAGCAAUACCAGCACUAGUGACAGUGGGGAAAUUUUCAAUGGAGAAAAUUUUCUAGGGUCCUGCAGCCAAGAGCUACUUGCUAAGGGCAGUGAAUUACUCAAGCGCACCCGUAAAGGUGAUCUUCACUGGAAAAUAGUGUCUGUUUAUAUACAUAGAACUGGCCAGGUAAUGCUGAAAAUGAAGAGCAGACAUGUUGCAGGAACCAUUACCAAAAAGAAAAAGAAUGUUGUGCUAGAUAUAUGCACGGAUUUACCAGCAUGGCCAGGAAGACAUCUUCUUGGCGAUGGUGAGAAGCGACGGUACUUUGGAUUGAAGACAGACGCAAGGGGGAUUGUGGAGUUUGAGUGUCGAAAUCAAAGAGAAUAUGACCUCUGGACACAAGGGGUUUCAAGGCUUCUUUCCGUUGUUGCACAAAGACAAAACAGAUAUGGAAAUUGAACUUAAUUCAUCUUAUUAAUACCAACAGAGUCUAGCUAGCUAUUGCUGAGUAAUGAACUCAAUUCAAACUAUAAUGUAUUGAGAUGUAAUUUGCAUGUGUUCACUGUUCAGCCUCAAACAAUCAUCAUUAGCAAAGAGGACUCAAAUGGACUUGAUGAGUUACCCAAGAAAAUACCAUUUGCUAUCUAAAUUUGUAUAAUCGUAGGAGUAUUUUUUUUCACCUCAUAGACAAUGCGUGUCAAGUCACCUAGAGCGAAGAAUCGUGGCAAUGUUGUCAUACAUUGUCAUGGAUAGCUUAUAAAUAUAAAACGAUUCAUGAGUUUUAUUCAA